AUGGCGUGCUACCUGGUCAUCAGCUCCAGGCAUCUCAGCAACGGGCACUAUCGAGGCAUUAAAGGCAUCUUCCGGGGACCUCUCUGCAAGAACGGCUCUGCCUCCCCGGAUUUUGCUGAAAAAGAGAAGGCAGCAGCAAGAGCUCUAGAGGACGUGAAGGCUAACUUCUACUGUGAAUUAUGUGACAAGCAGUACCAUAAACACCAUGAGUUUGACAACCACAUUAAUUCUUACGAUCAUGCUCACAAACAGAGACUAAAGGAGCUCAAGCAAAGGGAAUUUGCUCGGAAUGUGGCUUCAAAAUCCUGGAAAGAUGAGAAGAAACAGGAAAAAGCACUUAAGCGCCUCCAUCAGCUGGCUGAGCUACGGAAGCAGUCUGAACGUGUUGCUGGAUGCAGGCCUGUGUUUAAAACUUCCCAUGUGGUUGCAGAAAAACAGCAGCAGCUGCAAGAGGAACUCCUCUUAGUCCAAGAGGACAGGACCAAGAAUACAGCCGAAGUACAAAUUCUCACCAGCAAUGCUUCAGAGAAACAACAGGAACUUGCAAUAAGCAAGAACCAGCCUUGCACGGAGAGAUGCCAUUUGCUUCGGAAUCGGGCCUCUCCAGGAUUUUCCUGUGGUACCAAUGCCUGUAACAGGGCGGGGGUGUCUUUCUCCUUCUCUAAAAAAGUUCAUUUGAAGCUCGAGUCAUCCGCCUCUGUUUUCAGUGAGAACCUGGAAGAAGCAUAUGACUGCACUAGAUCAUCCAGGAGCACGGUGAAACCGGCUCCUCAAGAUUACCACACUUGCAUACAUAUGAGUGAUGACAGAAGAGACACUGUGCACAAACGGUUAAAUAAACUUCCAGGUCAAGCAGACAGCCUACUGUCAUGCAAUCCCCCUGUGACGAGUAAAAUGUGGAAGGAAAAAGAUCAUAAUGCCAACAGAGAGAAUGUGGAAACUCAUCUACGUCCUCCAGAUGUGGGUUGUUUUGGUUCUCCUUAUGUAAAGGACCCAGGAAGAGAGCUGAAUGAGAAGAAUAAAUUUUCAGAAAUGGUAGUUCCAGCUCAAUACCAAACUAGCAAUGGCUGUAUGCAGCAAAACACUUAUAAGCACACUGACGUCCUGUUAGCAGAACAUGUUUCUGAGUUCUCAACUCAACAAUCAUCGGGGCAAGGACAUUCAUGCAAGGUAAACUACAAUCCUUGUAUGUUUGAAGAGAAUGGAUCAUCUGGUGAUUUGGAAACAGUCAGUGGAGACACUGGAACAUCUGAGGGUGAUUCACUGGUGCAUAAAAUUAAGUCCAAAGCAUUGCCUUUUCUCCAAGUUCUGAGUAAAGAUGGCAGCACUGCCUUACGGUGGCCCACAGAACUUAUUUUGUUUACAAAAACAGAACCUUCUGUCUCCUAUGGUUGCAAUCCAUUAUAUUUUGAUUUUAGACUCUCUUUAUCCCAUAGAGAAACUGGACAUCAUGAAGUCAACCUAGAAAAUUGUAAUGAACACUCAGUAAUGAUGGACAUAGAUAGAAAUGAAGCCUCAGGUCUAAACAAGAACAAGCAGCUGUCCAGUGUACGAGAUGAUCAGCCUUUGAAGCCAAAGAAGAGGACAAGAGCUCUAAGCCUCAGAAAGUCCCAGCCAAAACUGGAUUCAGACGUAGAGAGUGAAAUGAAUCAAAGUGCUCCAAAGUAUAUUUCAGAUGAUUUGAAUGAAAGUACACCUAAAGUGCCUAGUCACCUUGAUUGCUCACAAAGGCAUUACACAAGAGCAACAGGUCCCCAUACAGAAGUGCACGUGAGAUCUUUAGCACAGCACUUGCAGAAGUGUGAACAAACUCUACAGGAUCAAAACAUUUGCAUUUAUCCAUUGGUGUCUCGGAUAAAGAAGCAAAAAUGUGUACAAUGUGAUUUAAUUUAUUCCCAAAGACAAAGCAACCUGGAUUUGAUCACAUGCAGCAGUGGCAUAAGUGACAGCGAAAGAGAUGCCAUUCUUGGUUACAAGUUCAGUUCCACUGGCAAGUGCUUGGAAAGUAAAGGGAAUGGGGAUUUUGCUGGAUGCUGGAAAUUCUCUUCUUUACAAAAGUCCUCUUCUGACAGGCAGUCUAAUUAUUCCGACACCUCUGUUAGCAGUGCAACUAGUUUUGCUAGUUGCUACUCUAGUCACAGAUCAAGUGAUCACAGUAAAAGUCAUUUGCCUUUUUGUUGCAAAAGGAAACAAAAGCCGGUUGAAAGGCAGAAAUAUAAACACAAGAAGCACAAUUGCAUUUCAUCUUCUGAUGAUGCAGAUGAGGACUGCUUUUUCAACAAUAAAAGUCAAAGAUUUAGAAACUGUACACAGAGGCAUACAGUAAAAUAUCAAAGACAUUCAAGAUAUAGGCAUUUACUACAUAGAGACAUAUCAAAGCAAAGCCGAAACAGACAUUCUGCUUGUAAACACAGCAGGUGUAGAAGCUACAGCAGCUCAAAAGGGUCUUCCACUCGAGAUUCAGGGAGCAGCGAACGAUCAUCUAGUUGCACCAGAUCGAGAGGCAGCAGUUCAGGAUCCCUUGCAAAAGAAUCAAGAUGCGAUUGGAACGAACACAAAAGGGAUAUGAUGAACUACUAUGGCUCUGAACCAGGAAAAGCAGAUUCUGUGUACUAUGACUGUCGAAACAUAAGUUGUCCAUCAAAGCGCAUUGAUAUUUGCUCUAUCAAACCCCUAGGAAAAGAAGCAAUGGGACAGCGGAAGUCAUUAACUGCCAAGCUACUUUUAGAGAAGGUGAAAUCAAAGAAAAUCCAGGAGCAAACUCAGAACGGGGAGAGCUUUUCAAAUGCUUGUGGUGUGAAUCUCUGUCACAGUCAACCUGUCAUUAAGGGUGCAUCUUCAGUAGAGAGUGAAGGAACGUUACCUUUGCCUGAAAAAGCCCUCCACAUCAACACAAACAGUGUGCAAAACAUUGAAACCAGCGCAGUGGAAAGCAGUGCAAACAAAGAUGAAGUUGAAACAUCAACAAUAAAUAAUGUGUCUCUUACAACUAACACUAACUAUGGCAAUUGCCUCCUUAAAGACUUAAUUCAAAGAGGAACUGUGUAUCACGCCCCAAAUAUAGAAAAGGACACAGCAAUAAAUGAGCCAUCAGAUCUUUUAACUGGUGAAAUGCAACCCUUUCUACAAACCCGUGACCCAGUACCAAAUGAUUUUCCUGGUGCUUUCCCUGCUAAUAGAUAUUCUGUUGCUCCAAAUCCAACAGAGACCAAAGAAGAACACAAUGCAAGCUUGAACUCAAAUCGAGUGGAAGGGAAUUUAAGCUCUUAUUCUGACAGCUCUAUGCAUAAAGACAGUGAAACAGAAAACAAGACUGAAUUGUACAGCAAAUGCAUCUCUUCUCCUUUAACUCAACAGCCUAUAACAUUUUCCCCUGAUGAGAUAGACAAAUAUAGGUUUCUUCAGCUGCAGGCCCAGCAGCAUAUACAGAAACAACUUGUGGGAAAGCAUCUUAAGGUUUUAUCUGCCACCGGACAAGCUGCAUUUUCUGCACCCCCUUCAGUUCAACCGGUUCCUGUUCCGCAACAUGCCUCAGUCGCCACCCUCCACCAUACCUUUCUGCAAAGCUUUGCUCUCUCAGCUGCAGUUCAUCCCCACAGCAGCCAUCUUUCCCUGGCUCGGAUACAUCCAUUCCCACAGUCUCACUUUGCCCCAAUCUCUCUCUCCCCUUUCACUCCAGCUUUCAUGCCUACGCACUCAGCCCUACUGGCAGGACACCCACUCCAUUUGGUAUCUGCCACUCCCAUCCAUCCUUCUCACCUGCCAAUCCCAUCACUGCCCCAUCCUGCAUUUAUUCCUACCUUGUUCACACCACAGCUUAGUGGAGCUGUAUCUUCUGCAAUACAACUCAAUCCUUUCAUUCAUCCAUUAUUCCAGGGGCAAGAAUUCCGGCAUUGUUCUUGA